GAAUUUUAAAUUGUUAUAAUGUGGCAACAUGUAUUAACAUAGUCAGCUGUUCGGUGGAAUCGCUUUAGCUCGUGUUGUAUAACGUUCGUGUACCUGUUCUCAAAAAUAUUAUUUCAAAUAUGUCUGCUUCGGCUGUGAGAAAUUCUCAUGGACUUCUAAAACGAGCAUGGAACGAGAUUCCAGACAUUGUUGGUGGGUCAGUUUUAGCUCUCAUCGGAUUAGGAAUGGCUGCUAUUGGUGUCAGCAGAUACUAUGCCAAAGACGGUGAUAAUCGACGAUAUAAAAUGGGUUAUGUUGUAAUUCGCCCAGAUGAUCCACGGGCAGAAAAAGUUCGCAAGGAUUAAAUAUUUGGAUUUGUGAAUUUCAAAUCCAUAUAUGUAAACAAAUAAAAAAAAUAAAAAAUACACAUGCAAAAGAAGCUUUAGUAUACUGA